UUUAAACGCGAUCAAGUUGUCCAACAAGACAUCAUUCACUGAAAAGCAAAAUAAAACGAUUUUUGAAUACUACGAAUUUCAAAAACUAUCUCAACUCGCUUCUUCCAAAUUAUUCUCAACGCGAAUUACCGAUUAACGUUACGAAUCGAUAUUUUUUGUUGUUGUGUGUGUUUAUUUGUCAACUGCCUGAUUGUAUAAUUAUCGAAAAUGUUGUCAAUUCCACGAAGUUCUUAUUGGGAUGAUGAUGACAUGUUUGCCAUCAAUCCAUAUUGUUCUUAUCAUCGUCCUCGAUCAUCAUGGUUAAUGCCAGCAUUGGAUCGUUUUCUUACAUUGGACGAAAUGGUUGCUCAACCAUCAUCGAUGAUCAAAAAUGGUAAAUUUCAAGCUGAUCUUGAUCUACGUAAUUUCGAUCCAAAUGGUAUCAAUGUAAAAUUAGAUGGUAAUACAUUGCAAGUGAAUGCCAAACAAGAAAAGAAAGGCGAAGGACAUUAUGAAUUCCGUGAAUUUAAACGUAUGAUUUCCAUUCCGAAAGAAGUGGCCGAAGAUCAAAUGAAAUGUAAACUUGAUAAAGAUGGUCGUCUUCGAAUCGAAGCUCCGUUGAAAAAACAAAUGGAAAUCGAUGAAAAAGGACGUAACAUACCGAUCGAAAUGGUCAACCAAAAGAAAUAAAUUUUGAUAUAAACAACAAAUGAUAAUCUUUUUUCUCUUGAAUCGGUAUCUCAUUUACUAUUUCAGUUUUAAACAUUCUUGAUCAUUGUAAACUAGCAAAUGCUAGUGAUUUUUUUUCUGUAAUACAUACUUAUUAUACAUAUAAUGAAUAAAUAAAUAAUUUUCUUU